AUGAGUGCCAGCUCAACACCACCUCCAGCCAGCAAUAGCUCGGCUGGUGAUAAACAACAAGCAGGGGAGGUGGAGAAAAUUGUCACCCAUGACCAAGUUCCAGGGCAUAAUAACUACUAUGAGAAGAAUGGUCUCAGAACGUAUGGCGACGGUGAAGACCAUGACCAUGAGCCACCUAUGUCCUUCAAACGGCUUAUGUCCUUGAUAGCCAUGGCUUUUCUUUGGACUGGUUCCCAAAUCCCCGUCUAUAUAUUUGGGGGUAUCCCCCCAUAUAUCUAUUCCGAUAUUGGCGGAGCUGACCGUUGGAUUUGGCUGGUCCUGGCUAACCUGCUCUCACUGGCUGCGGUUUGCCCUUUUGUUGGAUCCCUCAGUGAUCUGCUGGGGCGUCGAUACGUUGCACUGAUGGGUGGAUGUUUCAUUAUGUUAGGAAUGGUGGUUUGCUCCACUGCAAAAGUUAUGAAUGUUUUCAUUGGUGGAAUGGCUCUGGCAGGCAUUGGAGCUGGAAUAUCUGAGCUCACAGCACUUGCAGCAACAUCAGAGUUGGCUCCCACUUCGAAACGUGGCAAAUAUGUUGCUGUGCUUAUCUUCACCAUUCUCCCUUUCUGUCCAAGCGUUCUUUGGGGCCAGUUGAUUGCAGCACACGCCGGAUGGCGCUGGUGUGGACUGCUUUGUGGACUAUGGGCAUUUGUUGGAUCCUUGCUCACCCUCAUUUUCUACUUCCCACCACCUCGAGUCAACUCAACUGGACUCACCCGCAAGCAGGUUGUAGCACAGAUAGACUUCGUCGGAGGCUUCCUCAGUAUCUCGGGCAUGAUUCUCUUCAUGGCCGGGAUGCAAUGGGGCGGAUAUCAAUAUAAGUGGAGCUCGGCCCACGUUCUGGCACCUCUACUUCUUGGAGCGGCUCUACUUGUAGCGUUCGGCCUGUGGGAAGCUUAUGGGGCAAAGCAUCCAAUGUUCCCCUCUCGUCUCAAGCAGGCCCCGCGAAUAUUAGCUCUCACUUUAGUCAUAACUUUUAUAUCAGGAGCUAACUUCUUCUCGAUUAUCAUGUUUUGGCCAACACAAGCUUUCAACGUCUAUGGUCAUGAUCCCGUCGGCGUUGGACUUCGUGGACUCCCUGUAGGGUUUUCCAUCCUUGCAGGAGCAGUGAUCAUUCUUUGGUGUCUAUCGGUAUUCAGGGGAAGAAAUAAAGAAUUGAUGAUUAUAUCCUCUAUUCUCAUGACGGCUGGUUGUGGCGCACUCUCUUGCGCCGACCGAACUAACUUGCAUCAGCUUUGGGGAAUUCUUGUAUUAGCAGGUCUUGGAAUCGGGGGCAUUGUGGUACCCGCGUCUAUCAUUACAACAAUUAUAUGCCCAGAUGAUCUUAUUGCUACCGUCACAGCAUUGACUCUUUCGAUCCGUGUUAUUGGCGGCUCGGUCGGAUACUGUGUGGGGGUCAUGGAGUUAGAGCUCGGCAUUGUGAACACGACAUAUAUCGGAGCUGCAAUAGAAUAUACAGCAGGCGCUCUGCUUCCACUCCUGAAAACGAUCCCGGGCAUCGAAGGCAACGAUACGGCGUAUGAAAUGGUUGUCUUGGCCGGCCAGGAGGCAUUCGCUGCAUCGUACAAAUAUGUUUAUUUCGCUAGCAUUGCGUUCGGAGCAGUCGGUAUACUGGCAGCGUGCUUCCUGGGCGACAUCGGUCAAUAUAUGGACGAUCAUGUGGCAGUAGUCAUGCAUUAG